AUGACAGUAGCGCGGCGAUCUGCUACAACGCGCGAUCUACACCAGGGCAAUGUCGCCUUUCUUGAAAGCUUUGCUGCCAAAGAGGCCCAGAGGCGAGCUGCGAAGCAGAAGCCGACGCUGUCGAUUGAAGAGCACGCCGCGCAUCGGGCGCAGUUGGCUGAUGUCCUUUUUAUUAAACCUAAAUAUGCUGACGAAACCGAGAUUAACGUCACGGGCAUCUUUAGAAAAUGGGUGCGGUACUGCACCGAUAUGAAAGUGGGCGAUUGGAAAGCGACGAUUCAAAACCUCAGACGCGAGACGACGCAGGACUUCAUUCUCUUCAUGUGCGAACACUACAACAUAAGAUCAUGGGGCAGCACCCAUGAGUACAUUCGACAGUUYCAGCAGCUCUACACAAACAUCAACGGACGGUACAUGGAUCGGAAUGACGCUAAGGAGGUGUACAAGGUAUGUCAGACCUUGUUGGUUCGGGCGCAAUCUGUCAUGGACUGCCAGCCGGCUGCUUGA